AUGCCCUCUGACACCAUCAGCUGGCAGGACGAAAUGGAACACUUCCUGCGGCGCCGGACAUCGUACACCAUCCUCCCCACGCCGCCCGCCAGCGCCAACGCAAGCGACCUCCGUGCUCUGCUCUUCACCGACACUCCCACGCAGAACCUUAUCUCGGUCAUUGGCGCAUGUCUGCACAACUUGUACGACGUACGCCGAGCGCAAGGAAUCUUCAACGAUCUCCGCAAGUCCGAAAAAAGCGCGCUGCUCGACGUGCGCAUGUACAACUCGAUGCUGCAUGCAUACUUGGAGAUGGCCCGCGGGAGGGACAGCGAGGACCCGGAGAUGUGGCUGGACGAGGCGUGGUCGCUUUUCGGUGCCAUGGAAGACGGCAGCUCGCAGGUACACCCGACAGCAAAUACAUACACUGUCAUGCUCCUCGCGUGGUUACGACAUGGGCCGGACUCGGCGAAGCCGAUACCUUCGCGCGAUCAGCGGGACCCCCCACAGUUGCUACGGAGCAUGAUUGACCACCAAGUAGCGCCGACGAUGGUCGUAGCUGACCGCGCGCUCGAGACAUCGGAAGAGGCGUCGGAGGUGAUCCAGCUGCUGUCGAGGGCCGCGGUGGAGAUGGGCCUGUCAAAUGUGGUCAGCGAACUUGGUAUGGCGGAGUCGCUCGGUCGUCAAGAAGACGAUCCUUUGGAUAACGUCCCGGAGGCAAUGCCAGUUAAGCGUCGGAGAAAAGUGGAACGUAUCAGUGUGCUCCACGGAGACGAUGGCAGUGUUGUGGGCAUGCAGGCGACCGAGGAUGUGGGCGAGCCCCAGCCGGACGUGCCGUUCAACCUGGAGACGUUGCGAAAACACCUUGCAAAGGUCGUAUUCGCGCGCCGGGCGCUGCCCGACGAUGUCGCGGCACGUCAGAAGCUGCUCGAGGAAUCGGUCUACGACGUGGCCGUUGAGCGCCUCAAGCACACGACCGAUCUGCUCGAGGAGCUUGGGCUCUCGAACAAAGCGCUGAAGACGAACGAUUUACAGCAGCUGAUGUGGCAAUGGCAUGCGAAGUUAAAGGAGCGGUUGAAGGCGGAGAUCCAAAAUGUCGACAAACAGGAGCACAGGCUCAAGAAUAAUUCCGAAGUCAAGCUCGUUGACAAACGCAGGAUGGUCGGCUUGAGCCCGUUCUUGUCUUUGCUGACCCCCGAGAAACUCUCGAUGAUUGUGAUCCUCGAGUUGAUGCAUAUGCAAGGGACGGGCGGUGUGCAGCACGGCAUGAAGACGGCCCGAGCCCUGCUCUCCAUCGGUAAGGCCGUCGAACUGGAGUACAAGGCGGAGAUGUGCAAGAAGCACAACAUCGCCAUCCCCAGCGCCGGACGUGCGCCGUCGAACGGGUUUUUCACCAGCCUUGGGUACCGCGACUUGCAGUCGCAGCGGCUCGUGGCGCAGAGGUUCCUUCAGGACACAGAGGAAUGGUCCGCAGAGUGGUCGCAGGCCGUACGCGUGAAAGUGGGCAGUUUCCUCGUAGACUGUCUGAUGGAUAUCGCGACCGUGGUGCGCACGAAGACGGACAAAGCGACGGGAGAAGUCCACUCCGAGGAACAGCCCGCGUUCUUUCACACUUACGAGUACUUGCGCGGGAACAAGCUCGGUGUCAUCAAGCUGAACCCAUCUAUCGCCGAUAAGAUCUCCAAGGAUUCUGUGCGGGGGACCCUCCAUCCACGUCAUCUGCCCAUGCUUGUCAAGCCUAAGCAGUGGCUCAGUCCCGAUGAGGGCGGUUACAUCUACAACCAGACAUGGGCGAUGCGCUUUAAGGACAGCCAGGAGCAGCAGAGCUACCUCCGUCGGGCAUCCAGCCUGGGCAACCUUGAGCUGGUGUACACCAGUCUGGACAUCCUCGGGAGCACGCCCUGGCAGAUCAACCGCCAGGUCUUCGAUAUCGUUCUGCAGGUGUGGAAUUCCGGCGAGCGCUUCUGCAAGAUCCCCCCAGUGUCGAACGACGUACCCGAGCCGGAGAAGCCGAUGAACUGGGACACCGACCCGGCUGCGCGCGUGGCGUACCUCACCAGGCAGAGAACGUACCAACACAAUAAGGCGAAUGACCACUCGAAACGGUGCGAUGUCAACUACAAGAUUGAGAUCGCGCGUGCUUUCCUGGGCGAUACGUUCUACUUCCCGCACAACGUCGAUUUCCGUGGGCGCGCGUACCCCUUGCCGCCCCACCUGAGCCAUAUUGGUGACGACCUCAGUCGUGGUCUCCUCCUGUUUGCCGAGAGUAAGCCGAUUGGUGAGCGAGGACUGCGGUGGUUGAAGAUCCACCUGGCUGGUCUCUACGGGUACGACAAGGCGAAUUUUGAUGAACGAGUGCAGUGGGUGCACGAGCGUCUUGACGAGAUCUACGACAGUGCCGAGAACCCGCUGACUGGUCGGAGAUGGUGGACGAAGGCCGAAGACCCCUGGCAAUGUCUUGCGACCUGCAUAGAGCUCAGGCAGGCAUUGAACUCGCCAGAUCCACAUGCGUACGAGUGCGCGCUCCCUGUGCACCAGGACGGCACGUGUAACGGUCUGCAGCACUACGCCGCACUCGGCGGUGAUGCUGCCGGUGCAAAGCAGGUCAACCUCGACGUGACGGACCGGCCAUCGGACGUGUACUCUUAUGUCGCGGACAUGGUCGAGGAGCAGCUAGAGCAGGGCAUCAAGGAGGGGCACGUAGAGGCCAUUAUGCUCAAGGGCAAGGUCUCGCGGAAGGUCGUCAAGCAGACCGUCAUGACUACCGUCUAUGGUGUGACGUUCAUUGGUGCGCGCGAACAGAUCGAGAGGCAGCUUAAGGAAAGAGGAGACAUCGCCGCUGAGGAUUGCUGGAAGGCGUCGGCAUAUCUGGCGAGGCUGACUCUUGGAUGCAUUGGCGAUUUGUUCAAGGGCGCGAAGUCCAUCCAGGAAUGGCUGAACGUCUGCGCACGCCUGAUCUCGAAGUCCAUCCCGCCGGAGCGCGCUGAAGAAGCGGCGGAGAACUUGAAGUCGCUGACUCGCCGUCGGACGCGUGAAUCGGAGCUCGCCAAGCUGAAGAAGGAACAGAUGACGACUGUGAUUUGGACGACCCCGUUGGGUCUGCCUAUUGUCCAGCCGUACAGGGCGACGAAGCGCAAGCAGAUCCUCACAGCGAUGCAGAGCGUGUACAUCUCUGACCCCAACAUCCCCACGACUGUGAAUACGAUGAGGCAGGCAUCUGCGUUCCCGCCGAACUUCAUCCAUAGUCUGGACGCCACGCAUAUGAUGUUGACUGCCCUGGAGUGUCGGACACAAGAGCUGACCUUUGCGUCUGUUCACGACUCGUACUGGACGCACGCCGGCGACGUCGACAAAAUGGCCGCCAUCAUCCGGGACACCUUCAUCGCCUUGCAUUCCUCGAACGUUAUGAACCGGCUAUAUCAGGAGUUUCUUGAGCGCUACAAAGGCUACAUCGUCCCCGUCGCAAUCCUCAAGCAUGGCUCGAUGCUUCAGAAGCAUGGCAUCAAGCCCGAGCGCCUGACGAUCAAGAGCUUCCCUGCGGACUUCGCGAAGUCAUCCGAGGACUCUGCUGCCAUUGCUACCCCGGCGCAGGUCGAAGAGGCCACCGAGGAGGACGUUGCCGAAGCGGAAGUCGUGGAGGAGAUGGAGGACGUGGAGGAUGUUACAGACUUGGAAGCGAAGUCCAUACAACACAAGAAGAUGUCCCCCACUGCGAAACAGACCGCCAAGUUCAUUGCUGCGGCUCUGGCGAACGCGGGGCCAGGCCCGCUCGAUCACAAGUUCGUCGAGCUCUCUAGCCUGCUCCCGCCAGUCCCGGAGAUGGGCACGUUCGACGUGAACAAGAUCAAGUCGUCGCUCUACUUCUUCUCGUAA